AGUUUGAGCACUUUCCUGAGUACUUUCCUGUCAAUUCCCCUCCAUUCAUUAGAAAGAGCAAAAAUGACUGUGUGGCCAAAAUUGGUCUUCUUACUAGCAGCCCUUCAAGGUGUCCAGUCACAGGUCCAGUUGGUGGAGUCUGGAGGGGACGUGAGAAGCCCUGGAGGGUCUCUCCGUCUCUCCUGCCAAGCCUCUGGAUUCACCUUCAGCAGCUAUGGCAUGAGCUGGGUGAGACAGGCUCCAGGGAAAGGCCUGGAAUGGGUGGCCUACAUAACUACUGGUUCCAGUACUUACUACUCUGACCAAGUGAAGGGCCGCUUCACCAUCUCCAGGGACAAUGCCAAAAGCCAGCUGUCUCUGCAGAUGAACAGCCUCAAAGCUGAAGACACAGCAGUCUAUUACUGUGCGAGAUACACAGUGAGACGAAGUGAAUCUGAAGCAAAGCAAAAACCUUCCUUUCUUCAGAGUGUCCAAUCUGAUGUCCAAUUGGUGGAGUCUGGUGGGGAUGUGAGAAGACCUGGAGAAUCCCUUCGACUCUCCUGCCAAGCGUCUGGAUUGUCCUUCAGUGACUAUUACAUGGGCUGGGUGAGACAGGCUCCUGGGAAAGGACUGGAGUGGGUGGCCUACAUAAGUACUGGUUCCGGUACUUACUACUCAGACAAAGUGAAGGGACGCUUCACCAUCUCCAGGGACGAUGCCAAAAGCCAGCUGUAUCUGCAGAUGAACAGCCUCAAAGCUAAAGAUAUGGCCGUCUAUUACUGUGUGACAGGCACCAUGAGAGGAAUUGGGCAGUGCCAAGACCGCCAGAUAUUGGAAAUUGCAAAUCUCCACUCCCAUGAAGCCUUGGGGUAUGAGACACAUUCAAAUCCCUCAGCUUCCUUCCUCUACAAGGAAAUGGCAACAGCUGGUUUGCCUUUUCCAGAAACUCCUACCAGCACAAAGUCUGUGCAUUAUCCCAAAACGUCUCCUUUCAAUUCCCAUCCAUUCAUUACAGGGAGACCAAAAAUGAUUCUGCGCCUAAACCUGUUAUCCUUACUUGCACUCUUUGGAGGUUAA